GCCGCACACAGCCCGGGGAUGCGGGACUCUGCAGCUAGCACAAAGAGAAAAGAGGGUGGUAGUCUGUCCUCAAACCAGCACUGGGCUUUUACUCAAAGAGUUAAAGUCUAACCCGCCCGCCUGGCUGGCACUGCCAGUGCAGCACAAGAAGUGCCCACCACUUGGCGACAGCUCCAGAGUGCCGAGAAGAAAAUUGGAUUCCUAUUUUGCACACUUUCAGACGCUAAUUGGCGUUAAGUCACCUGCUUUCUCCGGACAGGGACGCGCGGUGUCCAGGGUGGCCGGAGAGUGGACACAAGUAGUCACUGACCAUCAGGAGGUGACCGCCGACCUCCCGCGUUUUGCCGCCCGUCCCGUCCGCUCCACUCCGUUAAUUUCUCCGCACUCCUCUGACAGAUGGUGUGAAAGCGGCGGAAGACAGAGCCGGACUAUCCCUCUCCCUCACCACUACCGCAACUGAAGAGGCGCGCAACCACUUUGGCAACGAACUCCGACUGAGCGCUCGGCCGCCCAGCGCUGCGCAACGGCCGGUCACCGCAGAGCUCAGGAGCCGCUGCCAGUUGGAGGGAGAUCCGACGCAUAGGGGUCAGUUCGACGGCCACAUUAAGGACCAGAGCAGAGCAGUCAGUUUGGGGUGGUCAGCGAGCGGCAGGUUUUGGGGCCAGUCAGUAUACAGAAGCAGCAGGAGGAGGAGAGCCGACCCUUCCAGCGCCGCUCUCCGGGCGAUGCCAGUGUAAAUGCCAGGGCGAUGUCCCGACGCAAGCAGGGAAACCCGCAGCACCUGUCCCAGAGAGAAAUAACACCGGAGGUUGAGCUUCCAGAUGGCCGCCUGUUCUCAGACUCCUUACCCCCCCACCCACUCAGCCUGCCCUCCCACCCACUUGGCCUACCUCCCCACCCGUUGGACCCUAGUCUGGCCCACACCCUGCCACCUGGCCUCCACGCAGACCACGACCUGCUGACCUGUGGCCAGUGUCAGAUGACCCUCCCACUAGGCGACAUCCUCCUCUUCAUUGAACACAAGAAGAAGCAGUGCCAAACACCGCUGCUAGCCAAUGGCUGCUAUGACAAGAUGACUGACCGGGGAGGAGGUGGAGGGAGUCCGACUCUGCAGAGCCUUCAUCACCAUGCGCAGCGGGGGGAGCUGAGGAAGGUGGUGGAGCCGGUGGAGAUCGGUAUCCAAGUGACACCAGAGGAGGAGGAGGUGGGAGGAGGUGUGAGGGGAGAGAGGAUGCCCACCAAAGGGAUUUGCACCAAGCAGGAAAACACACCGGCAGGUGGCAGGGAUGAGCCUUCCAGCUACAUAUGUACCACAUGUAAGCAGCCAUUCCCCAGCGCCUGGUUCUUGCUGCAGCAUGCCCAGAACACCCAUGGUAUUCGCAUAUAUCUGGAGUCCAACCACUCCAGCACAGCCCUCACUCCACGUAUAACUAUGCCCCCACCCAUGGGCAACGACUCCAUCCCGCAGUCUCCCCUCACCAACUUUCUUGGCGACAACAACCCCUUCCAUCUCCUGAGAAUGACGGGCCCCCUGCUCCGGGAGCCUCCCCCAGGCUUCCUGGAGAACCGCCUCCCCAACACACCUCCAUUUGUCAGCCCACCUCCCCGCCACCACUUGGACCCCCAUCGGCUGGAACGCCUUAGUGCAGAGGAAAUGGGUCUCAUCUCCCAGCACCCCAGUGCCUUUGAGAGGGUGAUGCGUCUAACGCCCAUGGCCAUGGAGUCCCAGUCCAUGGACUUCUCUAGAAGGUUACGUGAGUUGGCAGGGAACACCAACAGCACCACACCACCACUGUCACCCAGCAGGGCCAACCCUAUGCACCGACUACUAAACCCCAACCCUUUUCAGCCUGGGCCUAAAUCACCCUUUCUAAGCACCCCUCCCUUACCACCGAUGCCCCCAAACAGCACCACCCCUCCUCAGACACAGAACAAGAUCAAGUCCUGUGAGUUUUGUGGUAAGACCUUCAAGUUCCAGAGCAACUUGGUGGUGCAUCGGCGCAGCCAUACUGGAGAAAAACCAUACAAGUGCCAGCUGUGUGACCACGCCUGCUCUCAGGCAAGUAAGCUGAAGCGCCACAUGAAGACCCACAUGCACAAGGCUGGAUCCCUGACGGGGCGCUCAGAUGAUGGACUGUCUACCACAAGCUCCCCAGAGCCAGGCACCAGUGAUGUCACAGGUGAGGGCAUGAAGAAUCGUGACGGGGACUUCCAGGGUGAAGGCAAUGAGGAAGAAGAAGAGGAGGAGGAAGAAGAAGAACUUGAGAAUGAGAGUCGACCAGAGUCCAACUUCAGCAUGGAGUCUGAGUUCUACCGGAACCGGGAGAAUGGCUCUAAACCACCCUCAGAGGAGAAGUCAUCAUUUGCCCUUGAAAAGAUGGUGGAAGGUGGGGGGCUCACCUCUAUACAGCAGUACAAUAAUUUGAUAGUUGACAAUCGUAAAAGGAUGCCCUUCUCCAAGAGGUGCUCAGAUGGCCAGCGAGACACUGGGGAUGAGGACUCAGUGGCUGGGGAGAUGGACCACCACCAGCAGGAAGAGAGGACAACCAUUAAUGGCCGGAAUUGUGGCUCCGGUGACUCUUUUUCAGGCCUGUUUCCCCGUAAGCCCACCCCCAUCACUAGCCCCAGCCUGUCCAACUCCUCAAAUAAGAGGAUCAAGAUUGAGAAAGACUUGGACAUUCCCCCAGCACCCCACAUACCCUCUGAGAACGUCUACUCCCAGUGGUUGGUGGGCUAUGCUGCCUCACGCCACUUCAUCAAAGACCCUUUUUUAGGCUUCACUGACUCAAGACAAUCACCCUUCGCCACCUCCUCUGAGCACUCGUCCGAGAACGGCAGUCUCCGGUUCUCAACGCCUCCGGGUGACUUGCUGGAUGGCGGCCUGUCAGGCCGUAGCGGCACUGCCAGUGGAGGCAGCACACCUCAUCUGGGUGGGGGCCCGGGUCCUGGCCGACCCAGCUCCAAGGACAGCAGGAGGUGCGACACCUGCGAAUUCUGCGGCAAGGUGUUCAAGAACUGCAGCAACCUGACGGUGCACCGGCGCAGCCACACAGGCGAGAGGCCUUACAAGUGUGAGCUGUGCAACUAUGCCUGCGCCCAGAGCUCCAAGCUCACGCGCCACAUGAAGACACAUGGCCAGCUUGGUAAGGAGGUCUACCGCUGUGACAUUUGCCAAAUGCCCUUCAGUGUGUACAGCACUCUAGAGAAACAUAUGAAAAAGUGGCAUGGAGAACAUUUGAUGACCAAUGAGGUCAAAAUUGAACAAGCAGAGAGAACCUGAACCAGGUUCUCUGUUUCCACACUCUGCGCCACACUUUGACUUAAAAAAAUAACAAAAUGGGGUAGCUAGAUACUCUUUUUCUGAAAAAUUAAUUUUGGGUUAGUUUUUGUGUUUUUAAGAAACUGCCAACUGAGAAAAAAGUGAAAACAGAUCUUAAAACCAAUUGAAGCUGUCUAAACUGCCUCAUUUGGGGUUCCUUUUUAAACAAUCAGUCAGUUGAGUUAUAACAUAUGUGGAGCCUUUAACUGUGCAAUAAUUUCUGUAUUUAUUGAAUUUUGUAUUUUGGCAUGUGCAGGUACAUUUUUAUUUAGACGUUUUUUAAAAUUAGUUUUACUUUGAUUUUGCAUUGCGUUUAAGAAACCCACAAUAUCCUGAGAGUUUUUUACAGAGACAAAAGCAAAUUUUAAGUAAUCUUUUUUGGCCGCUGCUUGUAGGAAAUUGUAUAUUAAGCUAAAUGUGUGAUUUCUUGAAGAGAAGCUGAAUUCAAUCUUCAAUUUGAAAGUGGCGUUAACUGAGAAUGCUAGAAUUAGUCUAUUUUGUGUGAUGACGAUACGCGGACAACAAUCCUUUGGCAUUGUAGCAUGAACUGACUCUAAAACAUGUCAAUAUAAUUGGAUAUGUAGCACUGAGUGUCAUAUUUGACAGUAAAUCUAAAAUCAAAGAAGAUCACAAGGUUUAUAAACCCUGUCUCCUCCUGAGAACACCAUUACCAGCCAGAAGAAACAGAUUCUAGAUAAGGCAGCUGCUGACUGGUACAUAGUACCAAGCCCCGACAACGCUACGACAACCCUCCCUCAUUUCCUUUGCUUUCCACACACCCGCUUACUAAAAUCUUACCUACAUUAAUACACCCAUGUUUUCUAUUUUGCAUGAAGCCAUAUGAUCUAGGCUAUAUUAUUUAUUAGGAGUAAACUGAGCAUGAAGCCAUGCAAGAUAAGCAUGCAUAGAGAUAGAAAGGAGAACGAGACAAGAGAGUGAGCACAGGGACAUCUCAGGGUGAGCUAUACUACUUUCCUUUAUUGGCCCAAAUCAUUCCUAUGUUUCCAGAAGCUUCCAUUCACCCCCCCAGGCUAAUGUCAAGCGUAAUCCUCAUUUCAAAGUGAUUUUAAUAAUUUAUAUUUUAAACCACUGCUUCUAAUUCUAACAUUUAAGAGAGAUGGUUAACUAUGUGCAUACAUGGCAGAUGCCACAACUUUAACUGGAUUUCUGCAGAAAUUCUAAGAUUUUAUGCUCAAAAUCUAUAAAAAUCCACAUCCCUAUGCAUUUUUUGUGCUAAAAUAUCUAACAAUUUGUUAAAAAGUGGUACAGUAAAAUUUGACUUGUAUUAUUAUAGUAUAAUAGUUAUCAUCUGAUUGAUGAAGUCACCUCUCCAGGAAUAGGAAUCCUGCAUUCCAAGUUUCACUGUUAGUUGUGUAGAAGAGGAAAAAUAUACCAGUGUGUGCUGAAAUACUAAGACUAAUAGUAAGACAAGCAGUAUCAGUUUGCUACAUGCCCCUUUGUUUAAAAAAAAAAUCAUAACCCAAGGUUUUCUUUUGGCACCAUCCACCUCAUAGUGGCACUUUUUAAUUUUUAAAUCAGAUCUGAAUUGAAUGCUAUCAAUGUUCAAAUUCAGAGCUCUUAAUAACAGACCCGCACUUUAUGAUUUUUCCGUCCGACACACACACACAGAGCUGGACAGAGAAGGUACUAAGGGGUCUAGAGCUUGGGAUCUCCUGAUGCUGAUGUGCCAAGGCUUUCCCAAUGCUGGCACUAUAAAUUUGAAAAGAAAAAAAAACAAAAACAAAAAAAACAAACAUUUUAGUUGGGACAGUUUUUGUACUGCCAUUCAAUUUGACAUGAGUGUGCCUUGAAUAAUGAUCUUCCUAUUUAUUGUCUCAGACAAAUGCAACACUUUUUAUGAUGCAUCAAAUUGAACAAGAAAACAAAAGGUAAAAUUAUGUUAACUUUAACGUGUAAUUUGACCUUUAAACAGAAUUAUUUAAAUUAAUAGAAAUGAAACAAUGCUGAGUUUAGGUUUAGGAGUACCCAGCACAAUAACAAUGUGUCUGUGUGUGUAUAUAUGUAUGCAUAUGUACAUAUAAAGGCACAAACCUAUAUAUAAAUAUAUAUCAAAUUCCUCACUCAUAAGGACAAGAGUCUGUCCCUCAACAGAAAAUUCCAGGAGUGGACAAAAGCCACACAAAAUGUAAAGGAAGACUCAACAAAAAUCAGGAAAUGCAGAAACUUAAAAAAAGAAUUUAGUGCACUCUGUCUUAAAAUAAGUUUACAGUAUUGAAACAAGUACAAGGGUAAAAUAAUAUUUGUGUGUAUGUGUGUUUUAAACAAAUGAGUAUUUUUUUCCCCAGGUUUGCUUCUAAAGUUUCUCUGAAUGCCGUAGUGGCGAUGUGUAUAUUGUUUCUUUUCUUUUUCUUUUUCUUUUUUUUUUUGGUGACGGGGUUUUAGUAUAUAUAUAUAUAAAUAUAUAUGAAUAUAUAUUACUUUUCUCUUGUUUACUGUAAAAGUAUACCAGUAUUUGUAAUAUUGGAGAAUGCCUGGGCAUUUUACAAAAAUAGAAAAACUUUGUUUUUUAUUUUUUAUUUUGCAGUCCAAUUUAAAUUGUGGGUCUGUUAAACUGUUUCUGUCACUGUAACUGUAAAAGUCUUAAGUUUUAGUAACUUUUAUUCUGCCUUGGGUGUAAUGAAAUAAAAAAUAAACAAAUUAAAAAAUGA